UAUAACAGGAUUUAUCAUAAUGUACAAAUCUCUAUUCCGCUUCUAUAUCUGCGUAAAGGAAAUUAUCUGUAAGAAGUAAGAGAACUGGUUAUUUAACAAUUAUUUGUUUACGUUGUUUUCCAGAAUGUUUUUGUUCAACUGUGUUACCCACUCCAGUCAGCAGGCGGCGAUAUGAGACUUUCAGGUGAUGCUUCUUGCGUGACGUAUAAUUUACGGGACGGGAUGUUUUUUCAACAACAACAAUUCAUCCACCUCGGUAGCGUGCUAUAGCCAACAUAAAACCACAACAUUGAAGCUCUUUAGGCAAAGUAUAUUAACCUCAGUGUUUUAAACACACUGUCAGAGUAACGUUAACUAGUAAAUAGGCAUUUUAAUUUAGCAUUUACGUUAUUAGCUAUCUGGCUAAGUAACACUCGGCUAAUGCUAACUAGCUUACUAGCUAACAUCCUCGACCAUGAACUCACUAAGCUACUCCCUCCCUGCUAAAGAAGAGGAGGUCUGCUGGACGGAGAAAGAUGUUCUCGUGAAAGAGGAGAAGGAAGAGGAGGCUGUUAUAUUUAAACAAGAAGUAGAGGGUGAGGCUGUUACAGUUAAACAAGAAGUAGAGGGUGAAGCUGUUACAGUGAAAGAAGAGGAGAAAGACGUGAAAGAGGAAGAAGUUACAGUGAAAGAAGAGGAAGAAUCUUUAAGAGUGAAAGAGGAGGAUGCAGUUUUUGGAAUGGAGGAGGAGGAGGGGGAGAUAACUGUCACGUUGGAGGAGGAAGGGAAGACUGGAGAUCUGAUUAACACGAGAGAAAGACCAGACUCAGAGGAACCAGAGACGUCCAAACCGGCAAAACAACACAACUGUUCCCACUGUGGAAAGGGUUUUAACCAUGUAAGGGACCUGAAACGACAUGAGAGAAUACACACAGGGGAGAAGCCUUUCCAAUGCUCCCAGUGUGGAAAAAGUUUUUCCUUGUUAGCGAGCCUGAAACGACAUGAGAGGACACACACAGGAGAGAAGCCUCAUCACUGCUCCCAGUGUGGAAAGAGUUUUACCCAGUUAGGACACCUGAAAGUGCACGAGAGGAUACACACAGGGGAGAAGCCCUACCACUGCUCCCAAUGUGGAAAGAGUUUUAACCGGAAAGAAUCCCUGAAAGAGCAUGAAAGAAUACACACAGUGCAGAAGCAAGAGAAGCCGUACCACUGCUCCCACUGUGUAAAGGGUUUUAACCAGUUAGGGGACCUGAAAAUGCAUGAGAGAAUACACACAGGCGAUAAAUCUUUCCAAUGCUUCCAGUGUGGAAAGAGUUUUUCCGCAUCAGGGUGCCUGAAAAGACAUGAGAGAACACACACAGGGGGAAAACCUCAUCACUGCUCCCAGUGUGGAAAGAGUUUUAACCGGAACGAACACCUGAAAGAGCAUGAGAGAAUACACACAGGAGACAAGCCCUACCACUGCUCCCAAUGUAAAAAGAGUUUUGCCUGGUUAGGACACAUGAGAAGACAUGAGAGAAUACACACAGGAGAUAAGGAUGUAGGCUGCUGAACAGUGGGACAUGGGACAGAUAAAGGCUGCUGAACAGUGGGUCAUAGGACAGAUGUAGGCUGAACAGUGGGUCAUAGGACAGAUGUAGACUGAACAGUGGGACAUAGGACAGAUGUAGGCUGAACAGUAGGUCAUAGGAUUGAUGUAUGCUGAACAGUGGGUCAUAGGACAGAUGUAGGCUGAACAGUGGGUCAUAGGACAGAUGUAGGCUGAACAGUGGGACAUAGGACAGAUGUAGGCUGAACAGUGGGUCAUAGGACAGAUGUAAACUGAACAGUGGGACAGAUGUAGGCUGAACAGUAGGACAGAUGAAGACUGAACAGUGGGACAGAUGUAGGCUGAACAGUAGGACAUAGGACAGAUGAAGGCUGAACAGUGGAACAGAGGACAGAUGAAGUCCCAAUACAUGGUGGGACAGUAGUCCCCAGAGACUCUGAUUGUGUCUUGUGUAUUGACUUUCCAGUGUUUCCCCUCCUGCAUGUAUUAUAAAGUAUUGUGUUUGUGGAUGUGUUUUCUGGGGGGCAGGUUUUGGUUUGUGCCCUAGCACAGCUGAUUCAAAUAACCAACUCAUCAUCAAGCUUUUAUUGAUGUGUGUUAGAGGACCUGAAAUCACAUGAGAGAAUAUAGAGGCUUUGUUAUAAUCUCCACCCGGCACAGACAGAAGAGGACAGGCCAUCCCACAUAGCCUGGUUCCUCUCUAGGUUUCUUCCUAUGUUUUGGCCUUUCUAGGGAGUUUUUCAUGAGAGAAUAUAGAGGCUUUGACUGUUGUUUUUGAUUGAGAAUAUUUCUUGUUUUUCUCUUUUCCUUUAAUGGUUGAAAUGUUCCGGGUUCACUGACCUUCAUGUCUUAAAGUAAUGAUGGACUGACCUUCAUGUCUUAAAGUAAUGAUGGACUGACCUUCAUGUCUUAAAGUAAUGAUUGACUG